CUAUAUAAAUUGUAUAAUCGGUCGAUGAGUAAUCUUAGGAUUAUAUUUUAAAGUUUUUUGUUGUGCAAAUUUGGUUUGCGUUAAUGUUUUUAAAGAAAAUUGUUAUUGUUUGAAGAAUCACAUAAUAGUUGCAAAAAUGAAUUGGGUAUUUUUUUCUGCUGUUGUGCUUGCAUCUAUCUUUACUGAAUGUGAAUCAGGGAACUGGAUUGUUCCGUGUCAGGUUACUCCAUGUUCGACUAGCUGUGGAGAAGGCAGUAGAACAGUUAACUUUACAAUUUGCAACUCAACUGGAGUAAAUGAUACGUGUGAUCCUAACUUACAAAAUCUUCAAACAACAGCUUGUGAAAACGUUCCUUGUCCUGAAACAUAUACCAAGGUAAUGAAAGAUUUUACAUGCAACAAGACAAACAGCGAUUUUAUGAAUUUUGUACCAUGUUACAAAAAUUUAAACAUCGAUGAAACAAUUCUCAAUGUAUCAAUCAGACUUUUGACAAAAUGGAAUGCUGACUAUUUCGAAUCAAGAUACAAUGAAUGCAAUUGUAACGAGAACUUAAUGAACAUCAUGAUUUUGGACAUUGAAAAAGACUUAACUUUGUACUUAUCCCCUACCCAGGUUACCGUACAAUCAGCAAUAAGCCAAGUGAGAAAUGUCGUUAACUGCAUGCCAGGUGUUUUAGUUGGUAAAGUAUGGGAUGUUUAUGAUAUGUUAAUUGAAAAAAGUGCGAUUUUAUCGAACGUUGAUAAUGAGCUUAAUAAUUACAUCGAUUUCUUAAGAAAUGCAAUUCAAAGCUGCAAAGGAAAAGUUAACCCCGUGGAUUACAUCAAAAGAGUGAUUCAAACCGAGCUUUAAAAUUUUAAAAGUCUUUUAGCUUUAUUAAGUCUGUUUAUAUUUUACGCAAUCACCUAAAAUAUAUUUUCUUUGUUGCGCACAGUAUUUAUUUUUAAUUUUUUUUAAUAAUUAAAUUAAAAAUUGUUUCA